GUCUUUUGUGUUUGAACACAGGCAAAGCGUUCGCUCCUCUCCAUACAGCAGUUACACUGAGCCACAGCUGCAACGAUAACAUACACAUCUCUACUCUCAGCAGUCAACACAUUAACGUCCUCGACAGAUGCUCUUGUUCUCGCCAAACCUGAGCGACUUCUUCAGCGGUAUCUCUCUGUUUUAAAACGCCCGCGUUAGAGGUUCAUAUAAAAGUUUUUGUGAAAACCGCGGAACGGAUGUGAGUGUCUCAGUCUUUCAGUCUUCAGCUUUCACCUUCUCUCUCAUUUGCGUUGCGAUCUCUGAGUAAGAGAGGAACACACAAUCUAGUGGAAAGGCAAUAGGGACCGGUUGAUGAUUUUACUGAAAUGGACGUGAGAUUUUAUCCACAGCCUCCAUCAGCAACAGAUCCCUCUCGGCUGGGACAGUCGCACUAUUCGGACUCUCCGUAUUGCAAUAAGUACAACAGUGAAAACAUGUUCAUGAGUAUGCCAGAGCCCAGCCAGGACUUUGUGCCAGGGAACCAGUUUCGCGUACCUGCCAGUCCCAGCCAGACGCAGCAUGGUAACAAACAGGCCGGCGGCCACUGGAAAAGAGAGAACCAUACACACACGGACGGCCCGCGUCUGACAUGGUCCUACCCAGUGCCCAGUCUUGGGGACGAAGACUUCAACAUCCCCCCCAUCACUCCCCCCACCCUUCCUGAACACAUGCUGGCACACUUGCCCGAAUCUGAGUCCGGAGCAUACCAUUCCCUGUGUUCCCAGAAUGGACUGCACCCCUUUCACCUGCAAGGAAUGGACCUGCCUGGCAUGUCAGUCCCAAACAUGUUGGGCCAAGAUGGAGGCCUGCUCACUAACUCUCUGUCAGUGAUGCAGCAAAUGGUCAAUUCAGACUCCCGUUACGGCGGUCAUCCUCAGGUGGACACACUGAGACCCAGAAUACAGCCUGGCAUGGUUUCUCAAGGUCAGCUGACUACUAUAAACCAAUCACAACUCAAUUCCCAGUUGGGGUUAAACAGCAACAAUGGCACCCAUGGCUCCCCAUCUCCACCGGAGAGCAAGUCAGCCACACCCUCCCCCUCCAGCUCAGUGCAUGAGGACGAUGCAGAUGAUGCUGCCAAGACGAAUGGUGCAGAGAAAAGAGCAGCCACAGAUAUGGCCAAGAAGCCCAAAACCCCCAAGAAGAAGAAGAAGAAAGACCCGAACGAGCCCCAGAAGCCGGUGUCUGCGUACGCCCUGUUCUUUAGAGACACACAGGCAGCAAUCAAAGGCCAAAAUCCUAAUGCCACAUUUGGAGAGGUUUCCAAAAUAGUGGCAUCCAUGUGGGACGGUCUGGGAGAGGAACAGAAACAGGUGUACAAGAAAAAAACCGAGACCGCAAAGAAGGAGUAUCUCAAACAGCUGGCAGCGUACAGAGCGAGCCUUGUGUCUCAGAGCUACAAUGACCCGGGGGAUGUGAAGGCAUCGCAGGCUUCCCAGAUGCUUGGACCCAAGCCACCAGUUUUUUCUGGUGCUGGUCAGUCUCACCCAGGUCUCUAUAUGAGUCAUCCAUACCACCAGCAGUCGGGACUCAGUUCCCACCUGCCACCAAUGCAGCAGGGCCUUGCCCGAGUCGGCGCGUCCCGGAGCAUGGGCAGCAUGGCGGGCUCGUCCCCCCCUCCUCUGCAGAUCAGCCCACCCUUACAUCAGCAUCUCAGCCUCCACCAGCAACAGCAGCAGCUCAGCAGCCACUCGCUGCCCAUGCACUCCCCCUCCAUGGCCCAGGGUUUCCCUCUUCAGGCAGAGUAUCAGAGCAUGGUAAAUGUCACAUCCUCCGGCGGACCCGGUCUGUCCCCUUCAAUGGACUACCGCACUGGCUGCAGGAAUGGACCGACCCAGGGCUUGGACUGGACCUCUGACUACUGCGGCAACGGCGCUCUGCAGAGGGACAAAGCCCUGUAUCUGACCUGAUUGACAUCAUCACCCACACGAUCCUUCAUGCUCACAGGACCAAGGCAGUUCCUCAUCCCAAUACAGCUAUUUAGGGCCUGAUUAUUCAGGCCUUAUUUUAGACUAGACACAAUCCACGCAUCAGCAAAACAAUGUUUGAAUGUUUUCUUUCCCAUGGC